CUCAAAACUAAACUCCUUUGAGGGGCAAAUUAUAACUCAGUACUAUGGUAACUCCCUCUCAUUGUAACCCAAGAGACUACUGUACUGAGACAUGUGUAACUUUUAUCAAAUGAGCCAUUCCUUAUCCAUCCUUCAGAAUGCUUUCUACUCUGACAGCAUUGCUGUUUUUUUUUUUUUUUUUUUUUUUGUUCUUGGUAAAUCUUGUAUACUUAUUUGGUAGCUUCCCUUCUCAUUAAUGAGGCAUAUGAGAUUGUGCCCUAUUCACAGAUAGAGCACUCUUUAAUUAUAUUUAUUGAUAGAGUAAUUUUUCAUCCCCCAUAUUAUUCAAGGUAUUAUAAGAAAUGUUCCUACAUUUUCAGAUACCGGAGAAUGCCAGUGACUCCUCCCAUCAGACCUAGCAUGAUGUAUUAUCAUGAACUCCAGAAGGCUGGAGAGUUGGACCAGUUUUCAGGUUUCGAGAAGGUCACGGUGGCUUUGGAGAGGUACCAAAACCUGCCCUCUUCAAGAAAACUACAUUACAAAUCUUUACUUGAUAAGAAAAUGGAGAAGUGCAGAAUGCAGAUGGAUGCCUGGGAAGAGAAUCAAGAUGAGUUAACAUUGUUUAUGAGAGCGAGACUACUUGGAGAUAAAAUUAAGAAAACGGAAAAUCCUAAGAAAACCGCCCCAUCUGCAAGUACCCGUCGUCAACUGUUAAAACCAUCUGAAGCAUUUGAAAAUGUGAUUAAACUUGAAAUAUCCAUGCCAAAGUUUCUUGAUGAACCAUGCAAACCUCCUAAGAACCCUUUUAUGCUCUUCUGUAUGAAGUUAAAACAUUUGGCCCAAGAUAAAUAUGAAUCACAGUCCCAAUUCAAAAAUGUGUGUUUAAACAAAUGGGAAAACCUGUCAGAGGAUAAGAAGCAAAGAUAUACUGAACAUUGUGAAGAACUUAAGGAAAAAUAUGCAGAACAAGUAUUACAGUAUGUGAAAAACAUGAACAAAAAUUUGCAUAGAGUGUAUCUUGGCGUUCAUCGCAAGACAUUGUUUACAUUCUUUCAACGUGAUAUAUUUGAAGAAGUGUAUCCUAAUAAAAAGUAUCCUGUUUAUUUGUUAAGCCCACGGAAGCGGAAGACAGUGAGAAAAACCAGCGAGGAUAACUUCGCCAGAGAACUGAGCGAUGACGACUUUACUGCUGAUUUUUUAUCUUUCAAGAACAAUAAUAAAAAUGUUGAGUUUAAAAAGAAAAAGAAUGAGAACAAAAGUGAUUCUUUGCAGUCUGAAGAUAAGUUAUCCAGUGAUGGUUAUGUGAAAUCAAAGGCAGUGAAAGGUACAAGUCAUAGUGACAUUGCAAAAUCAAAGUCAAAAAAAGGCAAAGAAAUAUCUGCACAAACUUUUUCUAUGUUUCAAAAGAAAGUAAAUUACUUAGGAACUAAAGAAACUCUUGAUUCAUUCUCUAGUGAUGACAAUCAAAGAAUACAAGAUGCAAAUGUAAAAACAUUUGAGGAAGAAAGUACAAAAACUGACAGUGACUCAGAAUAUGACAUUGAACGCAGCCAGUCACCUUACAAAGGCUCAGCUGAAGCCUCAUUGACCACCACACAAAAUAAACUGGAAUCUGAUGACUGGAGCAGCAGUGAUGGUUACUCAGAUACAGAUGUUAUGCCAACCUGGAAGACUACAAAAUCUAUCAGAAAGAAAGUAUGAAAGUAAGCUUGAUUAUUGCCUCCGUUGUUAAAAAAUUGUCUUGGUAGACAAACAGUGAAUAUUUGAUAGUCCACAAGAAUGGUUCUUUCCUUUGGUUAAAAUAAAAAUUCUAUGUGAUCAAUGUUUUUUAGUGUCUUACAAGUAAGUGAAAUUAAUUGUUCGUAUUUUGGUAAACAAACCACAUGGAAAACUUGCGUAACCCCUUUGACUGUCGCAAGCCCCUUUCUCAAAAACUUACUUAACCCCUUUGACUGUCACAAGCCCCUUUCUCAAAAA